ACCAAAACGCAAUAACACUGUCGGUCUAACCGAAACAUCACUGACUGUCUAAUCGAGGCGUAGAGACCCGACGCUGCCGCCAACUGGGAGGACCAACAAACAAGGAAGGACGUCGUUACGUAUCAAUGUAGACAUUUGAAUCAUUAUUUCAUCCACCCAAUGGAAUUGUCAUCCGCCCAAUGGCAUGGUCGAGACAACGGGUAGCAACCUAAAAGGACACUAACAUUUGAGGAAUGGAGGUCGAAUGAAGAUUUACUAUUGGAAGUGCUUCCCUUCCAGGAACAACAGGGCCUUUCCAGGGUGAGCAGUAUGUCCUGCUCCUCCGACUCGUUGAAGUAGAAUUCUUCAUCCAAAUCGAGAAUGAAGUUUCCCAGAGGCUCCAGAAUGGCACAUCCUGUCCAUUCCCCGGUAUAGUGGCCCUCCUGCAGAGCUGUGCUUUCCACAUGCAGAGACUUUGACAGCUCCAUGGCAUAGGCACAUACUGGGUACAGACAGUAGCCUACACGAGAACAGAAUCCUUAUCUUUUAGCAGUCUCUCCCUCCCCCAAAAUACUACCCUGUCUCCCAGGCCCCUCUCUCCCUCUCAGAGAGCCUCUCCCUGGAGCCAUGCCCAUCCUACUUAAUGCCGACACCUCCUUCAGCUCCAAGCAGGAGCUCCUGGACCUCCAGAAUGGCCCCAUGGACCCAUCCCUGGAUACACCCAGCCCCUUGAACUCUCACGAGGAUAGCCCAGUGGGCUCAGGCCCCGGCAGCCCGGCUGGAGAAGGCCCUGCUUGCCACCUCAUCCUCACCAGGGCUUCUGCCCCUCUGCCUGGACAGCUUUAUGGGGUUGAGGUGCCCGCAGAGACCCCCCUAGGCCUCAAAUUCAUCCCCACGGACUCAGAAGGGCUGUGUGGCUGGGGGGCCCUGACGCCCCGAUCCAUCCAGACCUUCAACACCCCUCGCUGGGUGCUCUUCUUCCUCUGUGUGGCUUCCUUCCUCCAGGGCAUGAUCAUCAACGGCUUCAUCAACACCGUGGUGACCUCCAUAGAGAGGCGCUUUGACCUGCGUAGCUACCAGGCCGGGCUCAUCGCCAGCUCCUACGACAUCGCUGCCUGUGUGUGCCUGGCCUUUGUCAGUUACUUUGGUGGGACGGGGCACAAGCCUCGUUGGCUGGGCUGGGGGGUACUAGUCAUGGCGUUAGGUUCUCUGGUGUUCGCCCUGCCACACUUCACCACUCCCCCAUACCAUGUCAGCAUUCCUGAGCGGACAGGGGUGUGCACAGGGAACCGUACCAGCCCUUGCCAUGAUAGCGAGGGUGGGGGCCUGUCCAGCUACCGCUUUGUCUUCAUGCUGGGCCAGUUCCUGCACGGGGUGGGAGCCACUCCCCUGUACACUCUGGGGGUCACCUACCUGGACGAGAAUGUCAAGUCCAGCUAUGCUCCAGUGUACAUUGGGAUCUUCUAUACAGCAGCCAUCGUGGGUCCAGCAGCAGGGUACCUUCUAGGAGGACACUUUCUCAACAUCUACACAGAGGUUCACAUGACAACGGAGCUGACUCCAGAGAACCCUCUGUGGGUGGGGGCCUGGUGGAUUGGCUUCCUUGCAGGAGGGGCAGCAGCGCUGGUCAUCGCCCUGCCCAUCCUGGGCUACCCACGCCAACUACCAGGCUCUCAGAAGUAUGUGGCCAUGCGUGUAUCUGAGGCUCACCAGCUGAAAGACGGCAGUCAGGCCAGUGCAUCAGACCCUCAGUUUGGGAAGUCAGUGAAGGACAUGCCUAGGUCAGUGUUGCUCCUGCUGAAGAACCCUCCCUUCCUCUUCCUGUGUCUGGCGGGGGCCACGGAGGCCACCCUCAUCGCUGGCAUGUCCACCUUUGGCCCAAAGUUCCUGGAGUCUCAGUUCAGCUUGAGUGCAUCUGAGGCAGCCACAUGGUUCGGCUACAUGGUGGUGCCCGCGGGCGGAGGUGGCACCUUCCUGGGCGGCUACAUCGUGAAGAAGCUGAACCUACGUUGCCGUGGCAUCAUCCGUUUCUGCAUGGUGUGUGCCCUCGUCAGUCUACUGGCCAUAUUCAUCUUCCUCAUCCACUGUCCCAAUGUCCCUAUGGCCGGGGUGACCGCUCCCUACCGCAGCAACCUGCCAUCGGGUCAUCAGUACAACAAGAAGUACAAUGAACAGUACUAUGAGCAAGCCAACAACCUCCGCAACAGCUCUUUGUUGGGGGGCAACCUGACGGUGGGGUGUAAUGCAGAUUGCCACUGUUUACGAGAGCUCUAUAACCCGGUCUGUGGAGCCGACGGUGUGAUGUAUUACUCCCCAUGCCAUGCAGGAUGCAGCACAAUCAACCACACAGAGAUCUCAACAGGCAGACGGGUGUACUCGGGCUGCAGCUGUGUGGUGGGUGGGAAUGUGACAUCGGGGCAGGAGGGCCUGGCAUGGGAUGGGAAAUGCACCAGCUCCUGUAGCCACAUGCCAGCCUUCCUCACCUUCCUCUUCAUCAUCAUCUCCUUCACCUUCCUGUGUAGUAUACCAGCCCUCACCGCUACCCUCAGGUGUGUUCCAGACAACCAGAGGUCCUUUGGACUGGGGAUCCAAUGGAUUGUGGUGCGAAGUCUAGGUGGGAUCCCAGGCCCGAUAGCAUUUGGCUCUGUGAUCGACAUCUCAUGCCUGCUGUGGGAGGACCAGUGUGGAGAGCAGGGCUCCUGCCAUCUCUACCAGAACUCUGCCAUGAGCCGCUACACCCUUAUCGCUGGCAUCAUCUACAAGGUUCUCGGCACGCUGUUCUUCCUGCUUGCCAGUGUUCUGUACAAGCCUCCUCCAGAGUCACCCCAGAGCAGCUGUGAGAGCACCGACCAUGGGCCGGGGGACAGCGGGGGUGAGACGGGGGACCUCCCCAUCAAGGACCUUCCACCAGAGAUCAUCGCCAAUGUACACACCAGGUUAUGAUGACUUCAGACCCCACCCACCCUGCACUACAGUGUGUAUCACCCCACAUCUCACCGCACAUGUAUGUUGGUGUGUGUGGCGUACCACUGCUUCCCCCACCACUGCCAGCCCGUCUCAUAGCCACUCCCAACACAUAGACAUAUCACCCCAGGGCAUGUCUCACCUACUGACCCCACGUUCAUCCCAUCGGCCUGCCCUCCACUGCCAGCCCACUGAACUUGGGGUGUGUGUGAUGUGAUGUGAUGAAAGACUAGGGUCACAGAUAGGGUCAGAGGAUAAUCUGACAAGUAGCUAAGAGGUUUCUCCUGAUGGCCUUUGGGAUUUAAACCAGUCCAAAAUCGCAAUUUUAAAUGAAGAUUUUGUUUUGUUUCCCAGUCGGGUCUAAAGGAUGGGACAUAGGGGCUGUUUGUAUAGCUUAUGUCAUGCCAUGAGUAUGAAGCAUUCCUUAUGAGUGUUGAAAGAGGCAUUUACACCCGUAAAACAACCCUGUUGUCUUGCCCUAUCACAGAUGCAUCUUUUUUUUAAUCUACACUGAAACAGAAUUGAAAUACAAAGACAAACAGAAUUUUCAUAUCAUAUAAAAACUAUAGACCAAUAGUAUUUAAAGGCACUUACUGUUAUUAUAACUAUACCUAUUGAAAAAAAAACACACAUAUAUUUUAACAAAUGGAAGAGCACACACCUAUUUAUGACAGCCUUUAGCACAUGUAUGAUAUUGAAUGACCUGUAGCAGGCUGCCAUUUAACAGAAGUGAAGACAAAACCCAAGAGGCCACUAUCCACCAACUAUUUUGUAUGAAGGGGUAAUACCAAGACCCUUUUUCACAACCAGACACAUUGCUGCACUUUAAAACUAAUCAGCUCUGAUGAAUUUAGACAAUGGUAUUAUAUGAGAGUUAUUCUGGCAGUGUAUGCCGGUUGAAAAAAUUGUAGGAACAAUGCACUAAUGGAAUGAGUUGCCAUAAAAACAAGAACAACAAGCCUCUUAUCCAAACCUACAAGUGUGCCAAAGUAGCAUUGCCCCAAUCUCUCUUCUGUUUUGUGAUCUAGAUCAUUUAUUUAUGAUGGAAAUUAAAAGCACAGAUUGCUCAUAUAGUCUUUCAAUUUGUUGUUUUCCGCAUGAUUUGAUAUUGUCCAGACAUAUUUGUAUAAAGAUGCUGUAGUUAAUGAUUUACACUAGAAAAAUGGACCCACAGAAGUUUACCAUGACAAACAAUCUCCCCUAAAACUACCCUGUUCAAUAAAGUGUUAAAAUAUAGUCUUUGUUGUUUAAUGUAACAGUAAUGACACUUUACAACUUGUUGGUAAUUUGCAUUUCUCAUGUUUUUGUUUUAAAUGUAUUCAUUUGUUAUGGACCCAAAUGCCUCCAGAUCAGCUCUCCACCAUUCUCCAAUUGGGGAGAGCGGGGCUUGACCGCCAUUACAGAGUAUGUGUAAUCACAAACAUUCCUAGUCUUAUUGUUAUGCCUCCUCACUCCCUAGCACUUCGUAAAAUUAGACUUUUGGAUUUUGUUUUGGUACUUUUGUAAAUGAAAUGGAAACUAUGAAUUUUAUUAAAAUGUUUCUUAAGA